AUGUCGAGCGAAAAGACAAUGAGCGAGCCUGUUGCCGCAUCGCCAACAAAGUCAUCGGCGGGGUUGAUUGAGAAGGCAAACACAAAAGACUCGAGCGAGACGACGCUGGGCCGCCAAGAAUCUCUUGACUCUGUGCCUGAAGAUGAUGGAUCGAACACAAAGCGACGACCUCCAUUCUUCAUCAAGCGAUGGGCACCGCCGCCAGCAAGGUCUAUGGAGGAUGCCUUGCUCAUCCCGGAUAUCACCGCGAGCUGGUUCUCAUCUUUGUUCUUUUUCUGGAUUCAACCCAUGCUCGCACUCGGCUACAAGAGGCCGCUCGAAAAGGCCGAUCUCUGGAAGAUUGACGAUGCCAGAUCUGCUUCAGCCCUCUCGCAAGUAUUGAUGGCCAACUUUCAGAAGCGUUUCGAUGCCGCAGACGAGUGGAACAGGAGACUAGAUUCUGGCCAAUACAAGCCCACAGUGGCGAGGCGUACUCUUUGGCGAUUUCUUGCCUUCUUCAACAUCGGACAAGCUGACGGUCGUGUCAAGGCUGGCUUAGCUAUGGCACUUUCAGACACAUUCUUUUGGAAGUUCUGGUCAGCGGGAGCCCUGAAGAUCGUGUCCGACACGCUCCUCGUCACUUCGCCUCUCAUCACGAAAAAGAUCAUCAAUUACGGCUUGCAACACUAUGAACACGCACACGGCGUAGCUGGCAUCAGCGAUCCAGGCAUUGGCUACGGCGUCGGCCUCGCUAUUGGUCUUUUCGCUAUGCAGUUCGUCGCCUCUCUGUGCAUGCAUCAAUUCUUCGCCCGAUCUAUGGAGGUCGGCGUCUUCGCGCGAGGGGCACUCAUCAGCUCCAUCUACCGCCGCGCUCUCGUGCUCAGCGGCAAGUCUCGUGCGACCAUCACCAACGGCAAGCUCGUCUCCCACAUUUCGACGGACGCCAGCAGAAUCGACUUUUGCGCCGGUUUCUUCCACAUGAGCUGGACUGCGCCCAUCCAGCUCAUCCUGGUCAUUGUCAUUCUUCUGACCAACAUGGGCGCUAGUUCGCUUGCUGGUAUCGGUGUCCUCAUCAUCGUCAUGCCGUUGCAGGCAAAGACGAUGCGCGCCAUGUUUGCACUUCGCAAGAAGAGCAUGGUCUGGACAGACAGGCGGGUCAAGCUCAUCUCGGAACUCAUCGGCGGCAUCAGAGUCAUCAAGCUUUUCAACUGGGAAGUACCCUACCUCAAUAAGAUCAGCGAAUACCGCACGGCCGAGUUGACCAAGCUUCGAACGCUCAUGAUAUUGCGCGCUUCAAAUGUCGCCGUGUCUCUCAGCUUGCCAGUUCUUGCCACCGUGGUCGCGUUUGCAGUCUACGGCGUCACACACCCUAGGCAAGAUCCUGCCAUCAUUUUCACUUCUUUGACCUUAUUCAAUCUUCUGCGUCUGCCUCUCAUGACUUUACCGAUGUCUCUCGCAACGAUCACUGACGCAAAGACUGCGCUCAAUCGUCUGCGAGACGUCUAUGUUGCUGAAGAAAUUGAUGGCACCUACGAUGUCGAUCGCGAGCUGCCUUACGCUGUCGAUGUUCAGGACGCAUCGUUUAUCUGGGAAGGUGCACCGCCAGAGGACAUCAAGCUAAGCAAGAAGAAAGCAAAGGCCGAGAAGAAGAAGCAGAAGAAGAACUCCACCGAGCUUGCCCGCAUGGCUCAUCAAGACCACGAUGCCUCAGCUAAACCAUUGCCGAAAGAUCGCGAGGUGCCCACUGCCACUCUCGGGGGUGGCUCGACGGAGAAGGAAGCUCUGACUGACGGCUCGACUAUUCAAGCACCGGCUGUCGAUCAUGAGGAGCUGACUAUAGACGAGCCAGAAUCGGAUGAACCGCUGCUCCAAUUGCGUGACAUCAACUUUCGCAUUCCUCGCGGUCAGCUUUGCGCUGUCAUCGGAUCCGUUGGCGCCGGCAAAUCAUCCCUCUUACAAGGUCUCAUCGGUGAGAUGCGUCGCACGAAAGGACGCGUCACGUUUGGCGGAUCUCUUGGAUAUGCCGCUCAGUCAGCAUGGAUCCAGAAUGCCACACUCAAGGACAACAUUGUCUUCGGACAAGAGUGGAAUGAAGAUCGAUACAAUACUGCCGUUGAAGCGGCGUGUCUGCAGGCUGAUAUCGAUAUGCUCCCCAACGGUGAUCAGACAGAGAUUGGCGAAAAGGGCAUCAACUUGUCUGGCGGUCAGAAGCAGCGCGUCAACAUUGCGCGAGCUAUCUAUUUUGAUGCCGAUAUUCUCUGCCUCGACGAUCCUCUGUCCGCCGUCGACGCUCAUGUCGCACAUCACAUCUUCACAAAGGCCAUCAAGGGAGUGCUCAAGGGCAAAACGAUCAUCCUCGUUACACAUGCGCUCCACUUUUUACCAUCGGUUGAUCACAUCCUUUGCGUUGAAGAUGGCAUGAUCGUCGAAGCAGGCAACUACAAGCAGCUCAUUGCUAACGAGGGACCUUUUGCGACGAUGAUGUCAAGCUACGGCGGCCAAGAGCUCAGUGAGAAAGAGGAGUCAAUCGAAAAGGCCGAAGAUGCGCUUGCACCGCUCGAAAAGAAGCCUGCCGGUCCCAAAGCUCGUCCCCUCAUGGUAGAAGAGGAACGUGCUGUUGGCUCUGUUUCUGGUGGCGUGUAUGCGCAGUACCUCAAAGCAGCAAAUGGUGUCUGGCUGCUGCCCAUCCUCAUUGUCGUUCUCGUCCUCACUCAAGGCGCCACAGUACUUACAUCAUACGCUCUUGUCUGGUGGCAGCGCGACACAUUCAAUCGACCGCAAGGUUUCUACAUGGGUAUCUAUGCCGCUCUAGCAGUCGCACAAACAAUCUUCUCGUUCGCCCUCGGCACUUGUGCUCUCAUGCUUGGCCUUUUCGCAUCUGCCAAGCUGCAUGGCAUGAUGGCUCAGCGUGUCAUGCAUGCGCCCAUGUCGUGGUUCGAUACUGUCCCGACUGGCCGAAUUCUGGGACGCUUUGGCAAGGAUAUCGAUACCAUCGAUUCGACGCUCAAUGACAGCAUGCGUAUGGCACUUUCCACCCUAGGCAGCGUUGCGGGCGCCAUCGUGCUUAUCGCCAUCAUUGAGCCCUGGUUCCUGCUCGCCGUCGCCGCAAUUCUCACCUUAUAUUAUGCUGCUGCCAACUUCUAUCUAUCGUCUGCACGCGAGAUUAAGCGACUCGACAAUCUGCUUCGAUCUGGUCUAUAUGCUCACUUCUCCGAAUCACUCGCGGGGCUGGCGACUAUCCGUGCAUAUGCUGAAUCUGACCGUUUCUUAAAGCGCAACGAAGAGCUAGUUGACACCGAGAAUCGCGCGUACUACCUGACGACCCAGAACCAGAGAUGGCUCGGUGUACGGCUCGAUUUGCUCGGGUGUCUGCUGACCUUUUCGGUCGCCAUCAUUUCUGUCGUGCAAUCUAGUCUUAACCCUUCAAUCGUGGGACUCAUCCUGUCGUUCAUCCUUCAGAUUCAGCAAGCCUUCACUUGGGCAGUUCGACAGAUUGCCGAAGUUGGCAACGACAUGACGUCGUCUGAGCGCAUUUUACAUUACGGCACUCAGAUCGAGAACGAAGCACCAAUGGAGAUUGAAGCUACUAAGCCUGCAGCCGAAUGGCCCCAGCAAGGUGUCAUUUCCAUGAAGCAUGUCGAACUCAGCUACCGCAAGGGCUUGCCGGCGGUGCUGAAGGAUCUCAGUAUCGAUUUCAAGGGAGGCGAGCGUGUAGGCAUCGUCGGUCGCACCGGCGCCGGCAAGUCAUCCAUCAUGGCUGCUUUGUUCCGAAUGGUCGAGCUGUCAUCGGGUACUAUCGAGAUUGACGGCGUGGAUAUCUCGAAGAUCGGACUGGGCGAGCUGCGCAAGAAGGUUGCGAUCAUUCCGCAGGAUGCGCUACUGUUCAAUGGCUCUAUCCGCACCAAUCUUGAUCCCUUCUCGGUGCAUGACGAUGCUACUCUCUGGGAUGCACUCAGGCGCUCAUCUCUUGUCGAUCGAAAGGGCAAGAACGAAGGCGACAAAGAUGUGGCCUCUCGAUUCACGCUCGAUACAGUCAUCGAAGACGAAGGGGGCAAUCUGUCAGUCGGCGAACGAUCGCUCGUGUCGCUUGCUCGUGCACUCGUCAAGAAUGCGCGGAUUGUCCUGCUCGACGAAGCCACGGCCAGCGUUGACUUUGAGACGGAUGAGCUCGUUCAGAAGACGAUCGCAACAGAGAUGCGCGGCAAGACUUUGCUCACGAUUGCACAUCGCCUCAAGACCAUCCUGUCAUACGACCGCAUCCUUGUCAUGGGCGACGGAAAGGUGCUCGAAUUCGACACGCCUCUCGCCUUGUUUGCUCAGACUGGCAGCUUCCACUCACUUUGUGUUCAGAGCAAUAUAGAUGAGCAGGACAUUCGCAACGCACAGCAUGCCUGA